ACUUCGGACAGGAAUACUGCUAUCCAGCUAAUUGAAAUGAAGGUCCCUAAGAAGUGUGAUCAAGGAGAAGAUGAAAAGCUAAACAAUGCAGCUCCCAUAGUAAAGAGCAAGCCAGUUAAUAAGUCUCCAAAUGCUAAGAAGAAAAAUGUAGAAGUCAAAAGUGAAGCUUCUGAUGAUGAUAUCAUACUGCCUCAAGGCACAUUACUAAACUGUGUCGUUGGCAUUGACUUGCCUGCUGAGGAUGUUGGCCAUGCCUUGCAUUUUCUAGAAUUUUGUGAAGCUUUUGGAGAGGUUCUCAAUAUGAAGAAAGGACAGUCUCAGCUGUUACUUAGAGAGUUAUUUACUGGAAAAAGCAAACUCAAACACAAACUACGUUAUCCUUUGAUUGUGCAGUUUCAUAUUCAACUGAUUUCCAUGAUGCAAAAGGAUUUGGGAAAAGAAUAUCCUUGCCUUAGUCGGGAUUUAAGUGAGAAUUCAUGGGUUAAAGUGCUUGGAGAAUACAUCAGUGAUUCUCAAACCCCAUUAAAGCAGUCACUGUCGGAUUGCUUAGAUAUGAGUGAUGAUAGAUAUGAGAAAUUAAAUUCCUCUAGAAAACUCAGACUCUUAAAUUUUCUAUGCGAUGAAGCUCUUGCAACCUCAGAAUUCAGAAGCUGGAUCGAUGAACAAAACUUGAAAUUUGUUGAAAAAGAAAAGAAAGCGAAAGAAAAACUUCUUUCUCGAAGAGAGAGGGAGAGAAACAUGGAAAAGGAGAUGAAGCAGAAGUUGCAGGAUGAGAUAGCCAAAGCUAUUAUCAUGAUAAACGGUGCUCCUCUUUCCAUUUCGGAGAAUGAAGAGCUUAUUUCAAGGAUCAAGAAAGAAGUGGCUCAAACUCUUGCAGGUACAUUGGAAGUGUCUGAGACAGCAGAUGAGGUGAUGCCCAAAGAGGAGGAGGAUUGUUGAUUAGAUGCUGUUAGAUCGGAGCCAAUAUUUUGGGAUGGCCAUGGUCACAAGUUUCUCAAAUUCUGGAGAUUGAGAGGCCACGUGGGUGAACCCGAUGUUCUGCUUCAAGAUAUCGAGGAUGGGGAUUCAGUUGCAGCUAAAGAAAGAUGGUACACCUACAGCACCGAACAAAAAGCUACAGUCGAGAAAUAUAUUUCAUCUUUCAGGAAGUCCAUAACCCGAGGGGAUUAGCUGUUGAACCACCUGGCCAACCCAUUUGUAGGAACACGCAACACCAUGCCAUUCUUGAUCUGUUGCUUGGACUCUUCAUUUUUCAUGAAGUACCCAUGUCAGACACUUGGAUACGAGUAUAUGACCUCCAAGGAUCUUCCGAAUAUAUGGAAAAACUUUUUUAAAGAAAAAAU